AUUCAAUAUAAGUUCCAAUUUGUAAAACCCUUGAGUUAUGUGUUCAUAGUCAUUCAUGCAAACACUAACUACAAAUGCUCUCGUUUUCACUCUCUCGUUUCCCUUCAUCACCAACUACAAAUCCAACUCUUUGCUUUAACCCACCCCAACACCCCAACACUAAUCACCGAUUCAAUUUCCAACAGAGCGCUUCUUCUAGUUCUAGGGACAAUGAUAAAGCUGAAGAUUUUCCAAGACAAAAUGCUAAUAGUAGAGUAAACCCAAUUGAGGGCAGUGAUGAAAGAGUUCUAUUUGGAAGAAAGAAGAAAAAGGGUAAGGAGAAAGUUUACUGGGUUUGUAGUGAUUGUGGGUACACUACUGGACAAUGGUGGGGUGUGUGUCGAUCAUGCAGUGUUUCUGGUACUAUGAAAGAGUUUCAUGAAGCGAAAACUAGUGAGAGUAAUGGUAAGGUUAGUGGGUUUUCGGUUAUGGAGGAUGGUUUGGGGUCUUGGCUUCCACAGCAGAAUGGUGAGCUGCGUCCUUUGAGAUUGUCUGAGGUUAAUAGAGGACUUGAUCAUCUGCAUUGGAGAAUUCCUUUGUCUGGUCUUUUUGGAAAUGAAGUUUCUAGAGUGCUUGGUGGUGGCCUUGUACCAGGCUCAUUGACUUUAGUUGGCGGGGAUCCUGGUGUUGGGAAGAGUACUCUGUUGUUGCAGAUUGCUGCAUUAAUUGCGGAAGGGCAAAGAGAUGGUGAAGCAUCUCCAGUUGUGUAUGUCUCUGGCGAAGAGAGCAUUGAGCAAAUUGGUAACAGAGCUGACCGCCUAACAAUUGGAUCAGAUAUUUAUUUAUAUUCAAGUAAUGAUAUUGAGGACAUAUUGAAGAAAGUUCAUCAUCUCUCUCCUCGGGCACUAGUUGUUGAUUCUGUACAAACUGUUUAUUUGAAAGGAAUAAUGGGGAGUCCUGGAGGGAUUAUGCAGGUGAAGGAGUGCACUUCGGCUUUACUGCGAUUUGCAAAGACAACAAACAUACCGGUUCUAUUGAUUGGACAUGUGACAAAAUCUGGAGACAUAGCAGGACCACGUGUCUUGGAGCAUAUAGUUGAUGUUGUUUUGUAUAUGGAAGGCGAGAAGUACACUUCUCAUCGUAUGCUUAGAGCUGUGAAAAAUCGUUUUGGAUCCACCGAUGAGCUUGGAGUUUUUGAGAUGUCACAUUCAGGACUUGAGGCUGUUUCAAAUGCCAGCGAAAUGUUUCUUAGUGAGCAAGACCUAGAUUCAGAUAUUUUAGCUGGAUUAGCUGUAGCUGUAAUAAUGGAUGGGUCCAGAACAUUUCUUAUUGAAAUUCAGGCGCUUUGUCUUUCUGGUUCGACAGGAUCGAGGCAAUUUAAUGGUAUCCAAGCAAAUAGAGCUGAUAUGAUCAUAUCUGUUCUUAUCAAGCAAGCAGGACUCCGUCUCCAAGAACAUGCUGUGUUUUUAAAUGUUGUUAGUGGAUUGACACUGAGCGAGACUGCAGGAGAUCUUGCAAUAGCAGCUGCAAUUUGCAGCAGUUGCCUGGAGCUCCCUAUUCCAAAUGACAUUGCAUUCAUUGGUGAAAUAGGUCUUGGUGGUGAGCUUCGCAUGGUUACUAGAAUGGAAAAAAGGGUACACACAGUGGCGAAAUUGGGUUACAGAAUGUGUAUAGUACCAAAGGCAGCUGAAAAGGUUUUGGGAAGUGAAGGUUUAGAAAAUAUCAAAGUUGUUGGUUGCAGGAAUCUCAAAGAUGUUAUCAACACUAUAUUUCCCAAUCUCAUGAGAAGAAACAACUGAAUUGUCACACUGGGUGUGUAUAAUGUGAUCCCUAUAUAUAUAGGUUAGUUGCUACUAGGAAGCUUGUAAUUCAAAUCAGCUGAAAUAUUUGAUUCAAAUCACAUACACUUAAAUUUAUCUGUUUUAUCUGUUCUGCUUGAUUCGAAUCAUGGAUUGUGAGUGAUUUGAAUCACACACAAGAAAUCUGAAUUUUUCAAGUGUUUCAAAAUAGUUUGAGAUUUCAGUUACCACAUGACUUAGAAUUGAUAUCACCUAUGGUUCUUCUUUCA